GGCAUUGUAUGCAAUGACCGUGGGAGUAUUAUUAUACUCGAUCUCAAAGCUGAGAGACUCACUGGUCGAAUACCUGAAGAGAUCGGUCUUCUGAAGGAGUUGACUGUUCUUGAUUUGUCAAGGAACUUUUUGGAAGGCCCUAUCCCAGGAAAUGCAGUAGGGAAGCUGACCAAAUUAGAAAAACUGUCGCUCGAGUACAAUGAGCUAGGUUCCUCCUUACCCUCCGAAAUUGGUCACUUGACGGAGCUUACUUCCUUAGCUGUCAACUUUAACUAUUUGACUGGGACUCUUCCUUCGGAAUAUAUUCGCCUACCUAAACUUGCAGCGUUUAACUCCAACGGUAACAUCGGACUCACUGGCCCCUUCCAAGAACAUUUGAUAGCAUGGACAAAUUUGCAAGAGUUUUUCAUACCUGGAACUCGCUUUACAGGAUCCAUUCCUGAUGAAAUUGGCGAGCUCAGUGACUUGCGGAGACUGAGUUUCGAUGACACAAUUUUGGGGGGUACCGUCCCCAGUUCGCUCAGAAAAUUGACAAAUCUUGAGACGCUGUUUCUAGGAAGUCUUUCGAUGUCUAUGAACAUGACUUCCAUCAUCGGCAAUUUGUCAUCUUUAAAAACACUCCAGAUAACUCGAAAUAACUUUAGCGGAAUCAUUCCGCAGUCGUAC